ACCCCAGCAAAUAUGAGAUGCAACAUCCGCAACUGGGAAGCAUCUUGCUGCUGCUGCCAGCUUCGCAAUGCGCACCUCCCUGUGGAUUGUUAUUGUGCUUGCUCUUCUCGCGCAAGCUUCUGCUAGAGUCUCAAAAGGUGUGAAAGAAGAUGCUAAAAAAAGAGUCAUCCUUGAUGCAGUGGAUGCCACAAAAGAAUACACUCUGGAAGCGCUGGUGGCAGUUCCCAAUUACACAGAAACCGAAAUCUUACUGUCAAAGUUAGAGAGCUCAACGAAUUCUGGAGUUGAUCCAACAACUGCGAAACCGAUCAAUCACAACGGAACGGAUGAAAACGGAAGAAUAUUGGGAGGAACACUCCUUACGGCUGGUACAUUCGUGCUGCCGCUCACAGCUUAUGUUUUCGUUCAAUCCACGAAUGCUCUUGGGACUGUUAUCCAGGAAUGCGGGGGUGUAAUGUUGUCAACCAUUUGGGGGUUAACGGCCGCUCAUUGCGUCGCGUUGGCCACAGAUAUUACUGUCUACGGUGGGUCACUUACCAAUCCAGUGGGUACAGCCACAACAUCAAGUACAGCCACGGCUAUAAUUCAUCCCACUUUUAGACUGAAUUUCUUGUUAAAUGACAUUGCUUUGCUUAGUUUAAACAUACCGCUUAUGGGAGUCGGGGCAGCUAAAUUGUCAACCAUCUCACCUACCGCUGCGUUGGACUACAGGACGUUUACGACGCUGGGAUUCGGUCCUGCUACUGACGUACAACUUGUGGACGCAUUGUCUACGCUGAAUGUUGUCAAUAUGCAAAAUACGAACAAGGCGACGUGCAACGCACAGACAAUUGGAAUUUACGUGACGUACCCAGGAAACACGGGAUGUUUGAGCACCGAGACCGGAAAAAAAGGAAUCUGCUAUGCUGACCCCGGUGGACCUGUUUUUUACGAAUCUCCAACUGAUGACUCAGGGAAAAUUAUCGGCAUCAACUCUCAAAUUGUUGGCUGCCCACGUCAACAACCCAGCUCGUUCACCUGGAUUUAUUCCUUCAUCCCCUGGAUCCAUUCCACGACCCUAAAAACAUUUACGUAAUUAAAUCAUUAUUAUUUAUUCUUGGUAUUGGAAGGUGGGACCCAAAUAAAUAAUUUAUAUUUGAAAUGA